GUACCACUAGAGUAUCACGACCAUGGAAUCUCUUACUGUUCCUUAUUCAUACCUGUCGCGAUGCCACCUUGGUCAUUGAUCUCACCUGCCUCGCGAGGCAUAGGCUUCGCGCUCGCAAGACGGGUGUUGCAAACCACAAACGCGCCCGUUGUCGCAACGGCGCGGAAGGACCUUGACAAGACUAAGGAGGAGUUACUCGAUGGCUUGGAUGUCGACGAGUCACGAUUGUCGGUGAUGAAGUUGGAUGUUUUGGACGAGACGACUAUCGCAGAUGCCGCAGCGACCUGCAAGAAGCAGUUCAGUGGUAGUCCCAGUCAGCUUCAGCUCGCGCUGAUGGUGCCUGGGAUUCUUUUUCCGGAAAAGUCACCGGCCCAGAUCAACGCCGACGAUGCCCUCUUAACUUUCCGUACCAACACAUUAGGCCCAAUGCUGAUGCUCAAGCACUUUGCUCCAUUCCUCCCAAGGAAAAGUGCAGUCGUCGAUAAGGACCAAGAAGACAUGGCAGGCUUACCAGAUGUAGCUACAAUAGCCAUUAUGUCAGCUCGAGUUGGCAGCAUCAGCGACAAUCGCCUCGGAGGAUGGUACAGUUAUCGCGCAUCGAAAGCCGGUGUCAAUCAGGUAGUCAAAACCUUUGACAAUCAUCUGAGGACUGCUUCUGGCGACAACGCGAUGGCGGUUGCCCUGCAUCCUGGAACUGUCAAAACGGGGCUUAGCAAGGACUUCUGGAGCAAUGUCAAGAAGGAUAAGCUAUUCGAGCGCGACUGGGUCGCAGAAAGGCUGAUUGAUGUGAUUAGGGAAGUGGCGCCUGAAGGGCGAGGGAAGUGUUGGGACUGGGAUGGGAAAGAAGUUCCGCCUUGAGACACAUACAAAACGCAGGUGCAAUUGAAGCUUGCCUACCAUUGUCAUCAACAAAGCCAUCAUCUCUUCUCUCUCGCGACAAUAUCAUAUCCGCCCCAACCACCGCUUAGUUCACCAGUAGCACCUCUUCUGGCCUUCGUUACCCGACCAGCAUACCUUAGACCCAUCGCUACCAUGGCAGCUCUUACCCACUCGCAAG